UGCAUACAAAUAAGUCACGUGGUUAUUGCAUAAGAGUUAGUGUAACUUCUAUAAAGACCCUUCGGCAAAAAGCGCGUUUAUAUGCUGAGUAGAGGUAAAGGGUGUACUUUCAUUUUCAAGAGCAGUAAUCUUUUUAUCAACAUGAAGCUGUUUAUCCUUCUUGCAAUAUUUUGUACUGUUGCCUAUGGGAAACAUGUUAUUCCCAAGGGAAUUCAUCCAUUGUCCGACAAAAUGAUAGACUACAUUAAUUAUAUGAACACAACAUGGAAGGCUGGAAGAAAUUUUGAUCGUGUUAGCUUGAAGUACAUUAGAGGACUUCUUGGAGUUCACAAAGAUAACAACAGGUACAGAUUACCAUCCAUUAAACAUGCCUUACCUGGAGAUCUACCAAAAUCUUUUGAUGCAAGACAGCAGUGGCCAGACUGUCCAACAAUUAGUGAAAUCCGGGACCAGGGUUCUUGUGGUUCAUGUUGGGCCUUUGGAGCAGUAGAAGCUAUGUCUGAUAGGCACUGCAUUCACAGCAAUGGCAAAGUAAAAGUACAGUUGUCUGCUGAAGAUCUUUUGACCUGCUGUAGUAGUUGUGGAAUGGGAUGUGAUGGUGGUUUUCCAGCAUCUGCUUGGGAAUUUUGGGUUGACAAAGGAAUUGUGACUGGUGGUUUGUAUGAUUCACACGUUGGUUGCCAACCUUACACCAUUGCAUCAUGUGAACAUCAUACCACAGGAUCUCUACCUCCUUGUGGAGAUAUAGUUGAUACUCCACAAUGUGUUCACGUGUGUGAGAAAGGCUACAAUGUUAGUUAUCGUGAUGACAAGUUUUUUGGCAAACGUUCUUACUCCAUUGAAAGUGAUGCUGCUCAAAUUCAGGCUGAACUUUACAAAAGUGGUCCAGUAGAAGCUGCGUUUACAGUCUAUUCAGAUUUUGUUAACUACAAAUCUGGUGUGUAUCAGCAUGUAGCUGGUGAGGAAAUGGGCGGCCACGCUGUUCGUAUUCUUGGAUGGGGUGUUGAGAAUGGUACUCCUUAUUGGCUUGUUGCUAACUCUUGGAAUACUGAUUGGGGUGAUAAAGGAUACUUCAAAAUCUUGAGAGGCAGUGACGAGUGUGGAAUUGAGAGCUCUAUUGUUGCUGGUAUUCCUAAGUAUUGAACUUUCUAGUCAUGAACAUUUUAAUAUGUAAAUCAUGACACUUAAUCCUGCCAAUUUUUUAAAGAGAGCAAGUUGCUUCCGUCUUUUUUUCUGUAAUUUGUGAUGUAUAAUUUAAUUUUUUAAUAAAGCUUUUGUAUAUUUUUC